UUUUUUUUAUUGGUGCAAAAACGCCAUCUACCAACCAAGCUUUCAAGUCUGCACUUCCAGCAUCCCCAAGGCUUUUUGUUUUUUUUUGUGGUGGGGGGGGGGGGGGGGGGGGGGGGGGGGUGGCGGAGGAAGAGAGACCAACUUCUUGGCAUGACCAAAGAAAUCAACCUGAAAACAUAUUCCCUGAACAGGUUCUUUAAAUGAAACAUACCAAUCUAGUUGAUUCCCAACACCUACAACCAAAUAUGCCUAUAUAAAGACCUUCCCAUGAACAGCUGAGACCACAAAACUUUUCAGAUCCAUCUGACCCCUAGCAACCAAUGGCUAAACUGAUGUGUUCCAUGAUCUCUUUCUGUUUCUAUUGCACCAUUCUGACCAUCUGUCUGACCUUUAUCCAAAGGAUUGUUCAUUCAAAAACCCUAGGGUCGGAUGCUGAAGCUCUCCAUUCUCUGCUGAGUUCUCUCGAUCCCAAUUCCAUUUCCAGCUCUUCUUUCCUCAAUAGCUGGAACUUUCAGGCAGACCCGUGUGAGAGUUCGGGAGACCAAUUCCUUGGAAUCUUAUGCACCAUCCCUGAGGACAACUCUAGCAGCAGGGUAACAGCCAUUAAUCUGGAUAGAGCUGGGUAUGAUGGGUUCCUGUCACCAGAAAUUGGGAACUUAACAGAGCUCAUCAUCCUUAAUCUAAACAAGAACAUGUUCCGAGGUCCAAUUCCUGAUACAAUUUCCAAUCUACAAAAGCUCACCACACUUACCCUGUCAGAAAAUUUCUUCACUGGAACCAUCCCUACCGGAGUUGGUAACCUUAGGAGGCUUGAAAUUGUCGACCUGUCACAGAACAAGCUCUCUGGCUCCAUUCCUGCCUCCAUAUCUGGGCUUCGGAGCCUAACACAUUUAAUAUUGUCAAACAAUGGGUUCUCAGGAACAAUCCCCGACCUCACAGGACUCUGGCAACUAACCUCUUUAGAUAUUAGCAGUAACCAGCUCUAUGGAGGUAUGCCAAAGCUUCCCAAAAGCUUACAGACAGUAUCACUCAGCCACAAUAUCCUUUCAGGCCGUAUUUCUUCAAUAGGGAACCUUGAACAGCUCUUAUCAUUAGAUUUGAGUGAUAACAGGUUUUCAGGUUCCAUAGAAAAGGAAAUUCUCACAUUGCCCGAAGUGAUUAGCGUAAACGUUUCACUGAACCGUUUUACAUUAUUAGAGGUGGGAAAAUUUACCGGCAGCCAAACACAGCUUCAAGUGAUUGAUGCACAAAGAAAUUCCCUGCAAGGACAUUUGCCCGUGGAUCUGGUCACUGCAGAGAACUUGACAUCUAUCAACUUGGGGAAUAACCAGUUCUCGGGUCGAAUUCCAAGGGAGUACGGUGAGAAGCUGGGGGAAUCCUGGAGAAUCUUGUUCUUGGAUCACAAUUUCCUUGUGGGGAGUCUUCCCCCUCAGUUCAGCAGCACUGGAGCAAUGACGGUCAGUGGCAGCCUUGCAAACAACUGCCUUAAGUGCCCAUCAAAUGUCCCGUUGUGUCACGGAGGGCAAAGACCAGCUUCAGAAUGUGUGGGGCAAGAUAGUAGGAGAUGAUUAGAGACCUGAACGAGCAGAACUGUUGGUAUGGUCCAGCAAACUCAUAAUACUUCCAGUAAUGCAUUUAAUUAGGUAAUUACAUAUUUAACCACCUGUGGUAGAGACCAGUCAACUAGAAAAAUAGGUAAACAAAUUAUUUCACCAGUAUCUUCUCCUCCGUAAAACGAUGUAUGAGUGAGUUUAAACAUGUUUUACUGUUCCAUGCAAACACCAUUCCAUUGUAUUCAUCAAGCAGUAAAAGUAUGAGCAUCCAAAGAAAAUGAUGGACAUUUAAAGGAUUAUGAUUAAAAAAGAUAUCAAAAUCAACCAGCUGGAAAUAACCAAAAUGGCCAAAUUGCCUUUAAAAAGUGAGUGUUAGGAACAUGAAUUGUUACAACUACAGUAUAGAGAGUGAAAAAGCUAGAAAAGCCAGUGGACACUAAUGUUGCCAAGCCAUAUGAAAAGAGGGAACUGAGCCAAAGCAAUGAAGAGCAAGAGAUAGUGAUGCUUGCUGGAAUCAUAACUCCUCACUUCUGCAAAAAGAACUCGUUUCAUUGUUUUCACCAAGAAGAUCCCCAUGCAUAAGCAGGUCCAUGGAACCAUAAAAUAAUACGAAUAACUCCAAAUGAUCCUUCCAAGAACUGCCAAACACAUCCCUGUGAAAGUAUAUCCUGCAUAAGCCACAAUGUCCAGCAAUGGUGCCUCUCCACUACCCAAUGAAAGCAAUGAUACUUUCAGCAGCGAAACUUGCAAAGCCCAACCAACCAAUCCCUUGACAAACAGCCAGUUCAGAGCUUCCGGGCUAAAC